AUGACAAUGAAAGAAGCUCCGGAGGGCAAACGAGCCGAGCUUGAGACGCAGGCUUUGAUUGAUGCAGCAUGGGAUUCAUCUACCAUCAAACGGCGGCUGUCUGUUAGUCAGUCACAGCAACCAGAACCCCCGAUAAUACCGCAUACAUCCACUGGCCGACAACAUGCUGCUGCCCAUGAUGAAGCCAUCAGUAUCAAUGCUUUGGAAGCGGAGAGAGAACUCAUUGCCGAGAAGCCUGACAAUAAGGCCGUGCUGGAAGAGAGAGAAACGCAGAAGACAAUCUUUUACCUCGCAUACGGAUCGAACAUGUGUUCCCAGACGUUCCGCAAGAUGCGCAAAGUCACUCCUCUUUCACAAGCGAAUGUCUAUGUACCAAACCUCUGCCUUACUUUCGAUCUCCCCGGAAUUGCGUAUCUCGAACCAUGCUUCGCAGCAACACAAUAUCGUGACCAAAAAACCGGCAUGCCUAUUUACCCUGGCAAACCGCAGAGCCCCAGUGACGGAGGGGACCUAUGGCAUAAACCACUUGUUGGAGUUGUAUACGAGGUUACCAUGAAAGAUUAUGCGCGCAUAAUAGCAACAGAGGGUGGCGGAGCGUCAUAUAUCGACGUUGUCAUCGAUUGCCAUCCAUUCCCCGACGAUUACGAUCCUGCAAAGCCGGUACCUGAUAUACCAGAUACCGAGCCAUUCAAGGCGCAUACCCUUCUCUCACCUGCCACUGCCGGAAAGAGUCAUGACAAUGGAACUGAAAAGGCGUCAUCAAUAUUAAACGCCAGAUUUAACAGGAGUCCUAAUUACGCUCGCCCAUCGCCACGAUACAUGAAGCUUCUCAUCAUGGGCGCAGAAGAACACGAUCUUCCGGCAGAAUAUCGAAAGUAUCUUUCAUCUGUUGAGCCAUAUCGUGUCACUACGGCCAUGCAACGUAUAGGCCAGUCUAUAUUUGGUGUUGUCUGGGUGCCGCCUUUUCUUCUAAACCUGAGGCUCAAUGCAAUUUUUGCCAAUGAAGACGGGAGAGCGCCGCAGUGGCUAGCUACAUUGCAGCGCUACAUCUAUUCAGGGUCGUGGAUAACUUAUGAUUUGGUUUUCAAACAUAUAUUUGGGGAUGGUGAGCGGACGAUACCACCAUACACAGGGUUGAAGAUAGAAUAA